GAGCAACAGCGCGAGCGCCGGACUCGCCGCCGGUCUCUAAAGAGCAGAGGAUUUACCUGCAUCUCUCCUCACUCCUCACUGAUCAGUUUUACCUUAAAAAUCACCACUGCGAUUUAUAUGCAAGUACUUACAGUUUUGUUUGCAUUUUUUAAAAUAGGAAUUUUAUUCUCUACUACGAUCAUUCAUUUCACGUUUUGCGCCCCUCUCCGUGCUGGAUUUUUCGGGCGCAAAAAAGGAGCGUGGAUGAACUGCUUUGGUGGGAGCCGGAGAUGGAAGCGCUGCUGAUCUGCCUUUCCCUGUGGAUAUUGCAAUGCAAUUCAGCAGGAGCGGACUCCAUCAUCCACAUUGGUGCCAUAUUUGAGGAGAACGCCAUGAGAGACGAUGAGAUAUUUCAGCUGGCCAUUUCUGACCUUAGCCUCAACGACGAUAUUUUACAGAGUGAAAAAAUCACCCACUCAAUAAAGCUUAUUGAGCCCAACAACCCAUUUCAAGCAGUACAGGAAGCAUGUGAGCUCAUGACCCAAGGCAUCCUGGCCUUGGUGUCAUCCACAGGCUGUGCCUCAGCCAAUGCGCUGCAGUCCUUGACCGAUGCCAUGCACAUCCCACACCUCUUCGUGCAGCGCAACCGCGAUGGCUUGCCGCGCACAGCCUGCCAGCUGAACCCGAGUCCUGAUGGAGAGCGCUACACCUUGGCUGCACGGCCCCCUGUGCGCCUCAAUGACGUCAUGCUAAGGCUAGUGACUGAGCUUCGCUGGCAGAAGUUCAUCCUGUUCUAUGACAGCGAUUACGAUAUCCGUGGCCUGCAGAGUUUCCUAGAUCAGGCCUCCCGACUUGGCCUGGAUGUCUCUCUGCAGCGGGUGGACCGCAAUGUCAGCCAUGUCUUCUCCGACCUGUUCAGCACCAUGCGGACAGAGGAGCUGAACCGCUACCGGGACACACUGCGACGAGCCAUACUGCUCCUCAGUCCUCGUGGUGCUCAGGUCUUCAUCCAACAGGCUGUUGAAACCAAUUUGGCCUCCAAGGACAGUCACUGGGUUUUCGUAAAUGAGGAGAUCAGCGAUGCGGAGAUUCUGGAGCUGGUGCACAGCGCUCUGGGACGCAUGACUGUCAUACGGCAGAUCUUCCCCUUGUGGAAAGACAGCAAUGUGCGCUGCAUGCGAAACAACCACCGCAUCUCCUCCUUACUCUGUGAUCCCCAGGAAGGCUACCUUCAGUCCCUGGAGGUGUCCAAUCUAUAUCUGUACGACAGUGUGCUGAUGCUGGCCAACGCCUUCUACAGGAAGCUGGAGGACAGGAAAUGGCACAGCAUGGCCAGCCUGAACUGCAUGAGGAAAUCCACAAAGCCCUGGAACGGAGGCUGGUCCAUGCUGGACACCAUCCAGAAGGGUCGCAUUACAGGACUAACAGGAACUAUGGAUUUCCGCGAUGAUGGAUCCAAUCCUCACGUCCAGUUUGAAAUUCUGGGAAGCAGCUACAGUGAGACCUUUGGAAAAGAUGUAAAACGAGUCGCUACAUGGGACUCGAGUCGAGGGCUCAACGGCAGCCUGAAGGAGAGUCGCAUUGAGAAUGGCAUGCUGGGAGUGACAGUCAAAGUUGUGACACUACUGGAGGAGCCCUUUGUCAUGGUAGCUGAAAAUAUUCUCGGACAGCCCAAGCGCUACAAAGGCUUCUCCAUAGAUGUUCUUGAUGCACUUGCCAAAAUGCUGGGCUUCAAGUAUGAGAUCUACCAGGUUGCAGACAGCAAAUAUGGCAGUCAGUUGCCCAACGGUUCGUGGAAUGGCAUGAUCGGGGAGCUUAUCAGCAAGAGGGCUGACCUGGCUGUGUCUGCGAUCACCAUCACUCCAGAACGGGAGAAUGUGGUUGACUUUAGCAUGCGCUACAUGGACUACUCUGUAGGAAUCCUGCUACACAAGCCAGAGGACAAGAUUAACAUCUUCUCACUUUUUGCACCCUUUGACCUGGCAGUGUGGGCCUGCAUUGCCGCUGCCAUCCCAGUUGUAGGAGUUCUGAUAUUCGUCCUCAGGCGGAUCCAGUCAUUACGUAACCAAAACCCCUCCGCACCCCACCAGUCAUCUUCUCUGAGCAGUGCCAUCUGGCUAGUAUAUGGAGCCUUUGUUCAGCAAGGAGGUGACUCAGCUGUGACCUCCAUGGCCCUCCGCAUUGUCAUGGGCAGCUGGUGGCUCUUCACACUCAUUGUGUGCUCCUCCUACACGGCCAACCUGGCAGCCUACCUCACCGUGUCCCGCAUGGACAGCGCUGUGCGGACCUUCCAAGACCUCUCCAAGCAGAACGACCUGGCCUAUGGCACAGUGAGGGACUCUGCGGUGUAUGACUACUUCAAGGCCAAAGGCACCAACCCCCUGGAGCAGGACAGCACAUUUGCAGAGCUCUGGAGGACCAUCAGCAAGAACAGCGGGCGCGACAACUCUGUUUCCAGCCCCUCCGAAGGUAUUCGCAAGGCCAAGAAGGAGCCCUAUGCCUUCCUGUGGGAUAUGGCUGUAGUGGAGUAUGCAGCCCUGACUGAUGACGACUGCACUAUUACUGUGACUGGGAACAGUGUGAGCAGCAAGGGCUAUGGGAUCGCACUGCAGCAUGGCAGUCCCUACAGAGACCUCUUCUCCCAGAAAGUGCUGGAGCUACAAGAAAGGGGUGACCUGGACAUCCUGAAGCAGAAGUGGUGGCCUCGAUCGGGUCGCUGUGACCUGGGAAGCCAUGGCGGAGCACAGCCUGAGGGCCGGGCGCUUGGCCUGCACAGCUUCGCCGGGGUCUUCUGCAUUCUGGCUGCAGGGUUGCUGUUGGCCUGCCUGGUGGCCGGCCUGGAGGUGUGGUGGAGUGGAAACCGCUGCCGGCCCGAGGAGCCCAAAGAGGUUACUAAGGAUUACAGACUGGCAAGGGUUUCUGGUCCGUUGACAUAUAAUGAUAUUACAACUGCUUCAUCGGAAGGGAGGAAGGACAUAUGGACGAGAGAGAGAGAGACUGGGAUGAAGCAGAGGCUAUUGAUACAGGACAAAGAGGUGAACCUGGAGCAGGUGCACCGGCGUAUGAACAGCCUUAUGGACGAGGACCUGGCACACAAGCAGAUCCCCGGCCCGUCCAUCGAGAUCUCUGCGCUGGACAUCGGCAGCAUGGCGCCCAGCCAGCCGCUGGAGCCCAUGCGGGAUUACCCGGGCACGGGCCUGUCUGUGAGCACCUUCCUUCCGGAGCCGGCACGUGGGGCAGGCAGGACGCUGGCCGAAGGCCCUGGGCGAACCCUGCCCCUCUCACAUCCUCACAGGAGCUCCACCAUACCCUCCAUCCCAUGCAAGCACAGGUCCCCCAACGGGGGCCUCUUUCGCCAGAGUCCCGUCAAGACACCCAUGCCACUGUCAUACCAGCCAGUGCCAGGAGGACCCAUCCCAGAAGCCAUUGAGCCGGCACACGGGACAUCCAUCUGAGCCUGUCCGGUCACUGCUGUGGCCUGAGUUAGUUGGAGGGAUCUGGGGAGGGAAAAGGACAAACAUAAAAAUUAAAAAUGAUUAAAAAAAAAUCUGAUUUUUAACACAAGUUCGAGAUCACAUACAGAUGACAAAACAGACAUUUUAUUGUACAUAUUUGUAAAUACAGAGAAA